UGUUUUCCCUUCAAACUUCACCCUUAUCCCUCUUCUGCUUCAUCUCUAACACUUCCAAUGGCUACUCUCAAUUUCUCAAUCCUCUCUAAAACCCUAACCCCUAAAUCCCCAAAUCCUAUUUCUAAACCCUCUUCAUUCAUCACUUCUAACCUUCCUUUCGUCAAUUCUCAAUCCCUAAAACCCAUUUUCACACAAAUCAUUCCAAAGUCGUCCCGGGUUCGGACACACCAAAUAAGGGCGGCAGUCGAUGGGGAUUAUUCGUCCAGAAGGAGCAGUAGUAGUGAACCCAGGGAGACCAUUAUGUUACCUGGAUGCGAUUAUAAUCAUUGGUUGAUAGUCAUGGAGUUUCCGAAGGAUCCUGCUCCGACCAGAGAGCAAAUGAUUGACACUUACCUCAAUACACUUGCUUCUGUUCUUGGCAGUAUGGAAGAAGCAAAGAAAAACAUGUAUGCUUUUAGCACUACCACAUACACAGGGUUCCAGUGCACUGUAUCUGAAGAAACAUCUGAAAAAUUCAAAGGAUUACCUGGAGUGCUUUGGGUAUUGCCUGAUUCAUACAUUGAUGUGAAGAACAAGGACUAUGGAGGUGAUAAAUAUGUGAAUGGAGAAAUAAUUCCAUACAAAGAGAUGGACCUCCUCCUGAGCAAAGAAGACCAAAGCAAGAGGCCACAUCCACUUCUUCUGAAUCACCUUCUGCAUGAUAUCUCAUGGGUGGCAACCAUAAGUUGAGGAUGAAGACACUAUGGGAAAUGCUAGCAACAUCUUGUAGCCAUGUCUAUGCAAUCAAGAAGAAGAAGAAGAAGAAAGAGAUUUCUGCUUAUGAUGUGGUUUAAUUUUGUUAAAUUUUUGGGCAGAAAUUAUGUGAAAACUUUUCAUGGCUUGUAGUUGAAAACUAUAACAUAUGUGAUCGAUUUAGUU